CCAGACUUGAGAGGCUCAGCCGACCUGCUGACAGAAAACCGAUAUGGCGGCCACUCUGGGCAGCGGAGAGCGCUGGACCCAAGGGGAAAUUUGACAGACGCGGGUCCCUGAGCUCACAGAGCUGUCAGUCCACUGAGAGAGUUUGACCGGUUAACAGCCUUUUACAAAACACGGCCACUUACAUUGAUGCGAUUAGAAGAAACAAAUACCCAGAAGACAAGCGACCUGAGAGCCAUGAUCCCUGUGGUUGCUGUAACUGCAUGAAGGCACAAAAGGAAAAGAAGUCUGAGAAUGAGUGGAAUCAGACCCGUCAGGGAGAGGGGAACACCACUUACACAGAGGAACAGCUACGUGGGGUACAAAGAAUCAAGAAGUGCAGAAAUUACUAUGACAUUCUGGGUGUUUCUCACAAUGCCAGCGACGAAGAGCUUAAGAAAGCGUACAAGAAGCUCGCCCUGAAGUUUCACCCCGACAAGAACUGUGCUCCUGGAGCGACAGACGCCUUCAAAGCAAUAGGAAAUGCGUUUGCAGUCCUGAGCAAUCCCGACAAGAGACUCCGCUAUGAUGAAUAUGGAGAUGAGCAGGUGACUUUCACUGUCCCUCGAGCCAGAUCUUAUCAUUAUUACAGAGACUUUGAAGCUGACAUCUCUCCAGAAGAAUUAUUUAAUGUGUUCUUCGGAGGACAUUUCCCUUCAGGAAAUAUUCACAUGUUCUCAAAUGUGACAGAUGACAGUCAGUAUUAUCGCAGGCGGCACCGCCACGAGAGGACACAGACACAUAAGAGAGAGGAAGACAAAUCUCAGACUCCAUAUUCGGCAUUUGUUCAGCUGCUUCCAGUCCUGGUGAUUGUGACUAUUUCUGUCAUUACUCAGCUGCUCGCUGCUAAUCCCCCAUAUAGUCUGUUCUAUAAAUCAACCUUGGGCUAUACCAUUUCUAGAGAAACGCAGAACCUGCAGGUGCCUUACUUCGUGGAUAAAAACUUUGACAAGGCCUACCGAGGCGCUUCCCUUCGUGACCUGGAGAAGACUAUAGAGAAAGAUUACAUUGAUUACAUCCAGACGAGUUGUUGGAAGGAGAAACAGCAAAAGUCGGAGCUGACCAAUUUGGCGGGGUUGUACAGAGACGAGCGACUGCGGCAGAAAGCAGAGUCAAUGAAACUGGAAAACUGUGCAAAGCUUUCCAAGCUCAUUGGCCUGCGCAGGGCGGGCUGAGAGGCCAGCGACCCUGCUCCGGGUGGGGUAUGCUUACCCGUUACGAUUGCAUUGCAAAUCCCAUUUUAUAAUACAAGUUAGGAGAUAUGAGCACUGUACUAUCUGCUGACUUUGUUGGGCAGAGCUGCAGUGGGUGGAGACUUGUCCCCUCCGGUCCAUCCCCAGGCCUGGCUCCCAGGGCAGAACAGUUGGUCUUAGUCACAGGCAUGGUAAAGUUUGGACCCAGCUCCUCUGUGAAGUAGGUCAGGGCAUCCCAGAGAAGACCCACCUUUCCUCCUUUGUCCUGUCUGCAGCAAAAGCCCACUACCUAGGCAUGUCUAGGCUUAGCCAGUGCACUUCAGAGUAUUGGUGGUGUCUGCCAAGAAUUAUGCCUCUCCUGCUCUAGAGUCACCACCUCCCCCAAUUUUCAAUUUUCCACUCCCUAAGGACUGUAGAGAAAUUGACCUAUGUAGCCAAUAGUUCAGUGUUAUCCACAUCUCUGUUGAGUCAGGGCCAUAAGCAAAGCCACCUGAUUUGAGGUUUCUUUUCUUUUUUUGAGAGAAGGGCUCGCCCUGCAGCCCAGACCGACCAGGAACUCACUACCUAGUCCAAGCUGGCCUCCGUCUGCAGUGAUUCUCCUGCCUGAGCCCGGCUGCCAGUGAGGCUCCUUUAUUGUCUUAGUCUUCUCUUUCAGGUCUAAGAAGUAAAACCUGGUUGAGCAGGCUGGGUAUGGUGGCCUACAUCUGCACCCAGGAGGCAAAGGCAGGCCAUUCUUGCUGCGCUGGGAGACAGCUCAGUGAACAGUCCAGCAGCAGGUAGUGGGGCUAAGGGAGGUGAAAUCCAAGACAGUCAGCUCUUCACUGUAGAUCCCCUGCUCCGUUUCUGAACUGGAGAGCACUCUGUGUCCCUCCCUUUAAAUCAUCAUUUAGUGUUAACGAUUGUAUGAUGAGCACAGGAAUGCACAGAAGGGCAGGAGUCAAACCCGAGAGGAGACACGGGCAUGGAGACACAGAGGGAAGAGCCUGUCACUGCGGCGUGGGAGACUCAGCGUCAGCAGCCAUUUUGUCUGGCUGAGUGCCCUGCACCUUUUAGUGUGAGAUAGUGAUGUGAUCUUUCACCCGUUCAAUAUUUAUGGAGUGCCUACUGCAAAGCGAGGCCUUUCACUCACAUGGUGUUCUGUUUCCUUUUGUUUUUUCACUUAUUCCUCCUAACAGUUUGUGAAGCCGGUGUGUUAGCCCUUUUAUGAAUCAGAGCAUUGGCCAGACAGGAUAAAUGGUCAGCCUAGGUCAUAUGACUAGGUGAGGAAAUACAAUGUGUGAGAAGUCAGCCUUUUUCUCGGGAGAUUCUAGCCAGGUUGGCAAGGCAGACUUCCCCCUCCUCCAGACAUCUCCACCCCCACCUUGAAUCCUUUCCAUACCAUCCUGAGUCCCUGCAGGGCUGCUUCCCUGCUGGGCUUUUAGAAGCAGGAUCAGGGCUGGAGAGAGACUGAGCAGUUAGAAGAGCACUGGCUGCUCUUCCAGAGGACUCAGGUUCAGUUCCCCGC